CAAGAGUGUCUAGACGACAAGGCAAUGCCCUCUUCCGCCGUAAUGUGGCUACUAGAAGCUGGCCUCGAUACUCUAAUGGUCGACCGAAGGCGUUCUGCCGACAUUCAAACUAUUCAGUCCAUGGGAUCUCCCCCCUUAGCUCACCUUAUACCUGAAAUUUUUAAUAUCAAGUAUCUUUCGUCGCUUGCCUCCCGAUCCUACCUCCUUCCAGGCUUGUCAUCUGUGUUCGCAGUCUUGGACGGAAUCGAGUCCAGGCGAAUACAGGAUUUGAUCGAGGACAGACCUGAAAGCCAACCUAGUGAAGCUAACGACCAUUUGAGCGAAAAUUUCUGGCAACAACUAUGGCGGCUGACACGGACAAGACUUCCGCCCUUUCAGAGGGGCGACUUGCAACAGCGAGGGGUUCGCGAAGCAGCGGCAUCGGACAACGAUGCCCUUUCGACAAAGGAAGUUGAGAGGUCAUCUUGCUACCGACCCCUGUCAAGGGAUCGAACUUUUGCCGACAAGGUAUCAAAUCGCGAAGUUGGUACAGAGAUUGAUACCUGCAAGAGCUACGACAUACAGGACCACUUUGCGGACUCUGAUAUGGGGCAGCACGAAGAUGACGUUGAUGAGUUGGCAUCUGAGGCGAAUGACACAUAUCGCUAUUCCUCCCCAUUCCUA